AUGACACCGACAGACGACCAGCAGGAUGGCGACCUGAUUCCCAUCGGCUCAUGGGACACCUUACACCCUACUGCUGCUGCGCACUUCAGCAAUGGCGAUGCGCCAAGGUUCAGCCCAGAGCCUUUCUUGAGCUCAGAAGACAGCUCUGACCGCGACCUUUUGAUGCUACAAGCGCUUGGUCUACUACAACAACUUGGCGUUCUAUCCUACUCUGAGCAUCACCGAGCCAACCAAGGUCCUCGGGGACAACGCCAUACUGGAAUCCGACUCUUGAUCUAUGCCCACGACAGACAACGCCCCUCAAACCGUGAGUACCAAAGCAACAAAAAUCACAGUCGAAAGGCUAUUGAGGAGAUUGUGGAGGCGAAAAAGGCGUUGGUGUUGGUCUUGUUCAAUAUGAACGUGGACCCCUGGAGUUUUCAUCACCCCACAAUGGAUACCAACAGUGCGGGACAACGGCCACCGGUCGCGACUCUGUUUCAAAACAACACCAACAAGCGUCUUAUCGAUAUCUACAUGGAGAUGCCCUCACCCCGAGCCAGCGAUGACCCAUACCAGGACCAGCCUAUUCGGAGCAGCUCCAAGGCUACCGAGCGCCUCCUUCAACAAGCUAUCGAGCUGGACUCGCCCCGAGGCAUGCGGACCAAGCUCUAUCAAUACCAGAAGAACUCUCUCUGGAAGCUUCUCCGGCGUGAACUCUGCCCCGACCUCAUGUUGGACCCAUCGACCGUGACGUUGCAGGACAUGAACGGCAAGCCGUACUGCCUCGACCUUGCUGUAGAAGAGCCUUUUAUCUGCCGAGAGCCAGCUACUAUGUGGGAAGAUAUUCCUGGGGGAAUAAUCUGCGAGGAUAUGUCCGGUAGACCUCCUGCAGACGAACCUGUCCAACUCCUCUGCGAUAUCCUUCCAAGCACUCCUUCCGCUGCCACUGUCGAUUCUGACAUCAAGGAAAUGGUCCUUCCCAGCGGAGCUGCGAUCCCAAGUCUUCGCGACUUUGCAGUAGCGACCGUCAAAACGAGGGCGGUCAACUACAGACAAGCCCAGGACUAUAUCAACCCCGACAUCAUGGACACCCUGGAGGAUGCUCUCCUCUAUUACCGUGAGAGUGGAUCAUCAGAACAGAACCGGCAGUCCAGAUCUCGACAAACCAGGAUAUCAGAGCUGCCGGUGGAGAUUUAUCUUUCAAGUGCGACCCUCGUCAUUGUACCGCCCAACCUGGUCGACCAGUGGUGCAACGAGAUCAACAAGCAUACGGAGGAUGGGGCACUGAAGGUGUUCACCAUCACCAACAAUUCUCAAGAGUUCCCGAACCUCAGGACACUCCUGCAUUACGAUCUGGUUCUCAUCUCUCAGAAUCGGUUUGCAAAGGAGUAUACCCCCGGCCCUUACUCGAUGAAGCGCGCACUUGCCAUCUCGCCACUCAUGCAGAUUCGAUGGAAGCGGAUCAUCGUCGACGAGGGCCAUUCUAUGGGCAUGAGGAUGUCGGAUCACGCCCUGCACGCAGAGAAACUACACGCAGAUCGACGCUGGAUUUGUACAGGAACACCGACAACCAACUUGGCCAAUCUAAGCCCGUCGUCAUUGGCUGGCGUGCAUGGGUCAGGUAACAGCUUUCAGCAGGUGGCGUCGUCGGACAGAGCGGACAUGGACCGGCUUUCAGUUCUUGUCGAGAGCUUCUUGCAUCUUCCGCCCUACACUUUUGAUCGGAGUCGGUUCGCGAAAGAGCUGCAGAGACCACUGGUAGACCAUCAGCACAAGUACUACGCGACCACGACGAACGGCGGAGACAGCAAUCUCGUUUUAUCAGGAGGUCCAAAGGCUCGACAGGAGUGGACGUUGGAAGGUGCAAGCAGUGCGUUGCGUUUGAAGUACUUGAUGGAUCGGAUCAUGGUCCGAAAUCGACCCGAGGAUGUCGCGCGGAACGUCACUCUCCCACCUCUUCAGGAACGAAUCGUCUCGCUCGAUCUGGAGUACUUUCAGGUUCUGGCGCUUAACUGCCAGAUCGCUCUGAUUCAGGCCAACGCGGUGCUUUCUGAGCGUGAGGACCAGGAUUACUUCUUGCACCCGAGUAACCGCACGCUCUUGACUAAAGUGAUCGAGAACUUGAAGGACGGCUGCUUUUGGUAUCUGGGAGGUAUUGGGUACAAGGACAGAGUGGUGGAUUCUCUCAGCAACGUGAUGAAGGCACUUGAAAAGGAUGACUUGAGUGGCGGCACCAAAUACAGUCGGGAGGACCGCCGGCUGUUGUUGGACAUUGUGAGGCAUCUUACGACGGCACUUGAGAGUCCUGGUUGGGAGGCGAUUGUUGCGGCCCAGGAGGUUGGAUAUUACUGCCAGGAUCUCCCGACUCUAGUGCAGGCCAAGCAUGCUCUCAUUCCAUCAACAUUUCUGCACAAUACCAACUCUGAUUUGAUCCAUAGAGGGCCAUCGGAGCGGAGGCAGGUUCAGGGCGACGCUGAUGGCUCUCUUUGUGUAGUGCUCGGGAGAGAGAUUUCCGACUUGCGGGACAAGGUUUUGAGUGCUGAGCGGACAGCGGAUAUCGAGCACCUUCACCAUCCGGAUGACGCUCAACUGCCCAAUGCUUCAAUCACCUCAACCAUGGAUAUGACGGUCGAUGACAAUGCAAUUGCCGAGCAAAUGUUGAAGGAGGCCAUGUCACGGGAACGACUCUCUCGGUCGACGAUCCUUUCCAGUACAUCCAGCAAACUCAACUACAUUGCCAGCCAGAUCCUGCAGCACCAAGGUUCUGAGAAGUGUAUUGUCUUUUGUCAGAACCAGACCGUCAUGUAUUACAUCCGCGAGUACCUCGAAUUGGCGAAGAUCCGAUGCUUGAUGUACCACACUGGCAUGACGGAGAGCGAAAAGUCGAGCAACAUUACAACGUUCAACACCAGUGAGGCUGUAUCGACCAUCAUCAUGGACACCGGUCUGGCGGCCUACGGCAUCGACCUCUCAAGUGCCUCGCGUGUUUACUUUGUAUCACCUGUCUGGAAGACUGCCACCUUACGGCAGGCUAUCAAACGCGCUCACAGGAUUGGACAAGUCCGCCCCGUCUUUGUCGAGACUUUGGUUAUCAGGAACUCUUUUGAGGAGAAAAUCAUGAAUCGGAGACGCGAGAUUGACGACAACCCCCGAGGAGAGUCGAUGGAACCCGCUUCUUUGUCUAUGUCGCCUUUUGGGGGUGAUGUUGGAGAGUCGACGUCUUCGUCUGCAUUCACGAAUCAUCGCUACGGAUCGAGGCAUCAGAGGAGAAAGAGUUCUAGAAGAUCAGGUUCUGCCGCCUCAGUGGGGCACGCGAGGUCGAAGAAGGACAUGUUGGAUGAUGGCAAGGUGCAGGAUCUGAUCCGCAACCUCGAGUUCAUAACCAGCCCGCAGAUUUUUGGACAGGUUCGGGGCGGUGAGGGUGACGCUCGUCUUUCAGAGGCGCCGCAUAGCGUUUCUACAUUGGCCGACUAUGCGCUCCUGGGUGAAGGCGGUAUCCGGAGGGAUGUGGGGACCAAGCACAGAAUCCCUGUGGUGCACCCGGCCAAGGAAUCUGUGCUAGCGCAAGAGCAACUGAGGAUGGCCCGUGAGGAGCAGGAUGUGCCUUCUGUUGUUGACGUUCCCUUUGAGGACUCACCGAGCGAGAUUGUGGUUGAAGGGGGAGGGUCAUUUGGUAAGAAGAAGCUUCGCUUUGCGAUGGACACGGACAUGGAGGUUGCCGAUCAGGAGAUGAACGAGUUUGAGGAUCUGGUCCUUCCCAAGCAGGAGAGUAACCAAGAAUACCGUCAUCCUAGCGAGCCAGCGGAAGCGUUGGCAGUAAGGGAAGAACAUCGCCAAAAGCAGGAACAGGAACUCCGUAUGGCCAAGGAAGAGGUUGAUAGGGCACAGUAUCAGGUCCAAGCCGCGCAGGAGCGUCUUUUGCGGAUCAAGCAGCAACAGCAGGAGGAGAAGGAGGAGGAGUAUCAGGGGCAGGUUGGAUCGUCAACCAAAACGGUCAUUGUGCUGGAUAAUGAUGAUGAUGAUGUUGUUGUUGAGGCGGUGGAGGUGGACUUGAAGAAGGAGGAGGUGAAGGAUGUUCGGCUCAAAUUUGAGAACAUCAAACUGGAGGGCUCGUCCUCUUCUUACUCGCUCACUCCCUCCCGACAUUAUAAGUCUGAGCAGGAGGACAAGAAGGUCAAAUUUGAGCAGAAGGAUAGGAGGGUCAGGUUUGAACAGGAGGACAAGAAGGUAAAGUUUGAGGUCAAGACUGAGGAUGCCAAGUAUGAGGUCAAGACUGAGGAUGCCAAGUAUGAGGUCAAGACUGAGGAUGCCAAGUAUGAGGUCAAGACUGAGGAUGCCAAGUAUGAGGUCAAGACUGAGGAUGCCAAGUAUGAGAUCAAGGCUGAGGAUGUCAAGCGACCACUCACCUUCCAAUCGGAAGACGACGACGACCGUGACAACAAGGACUUUAAACGCGAGCAGACACCAGCGCCCGUCACGGAGUACUAUGAGCUCUUUGAUCACGAUGAUGGUGGCGAGGACAAGAAGUUCAAGGUUGAAGAAGGAGUGUUGUCGGACGAUGCGAUUAUUGUCCUGGAUUCAGAUAGCGAUGAGGCGAGUAUGUCUGUCCCCGUGGUUGGGUUGAAAGUUGAAGGAUCUAUGACAACGGGUGGAAAGGUUGAGCGGGUUGGCGGCGAUGGUGGUUUCGGGGAUGGCGGUGGCGGCGAUGGUGGUGUGAAGCUGCCAUGCCUGGAUGACAUGGAUGUGGAUUUGGAUGUGAAUGUAGAUACUGUGCCCUCUAUGCCACUAGAGCGGAAUACCAAGCGGGAGAACAACCAGCCACACCACCCUGUUGACCUCCAAGCCGAGUCCCAACUCAAGAAGCGCGUUCGCAUCUAG